AUGCGCGACAUCCACCCUAACCACCGCAAGGGGCCAUUGAACCUGCAGGGCUCGGGAAGGAUCUCUGACGACGCAGCGGAACUGCUCAUGCUAGGGCUGGGUGCCAGGCGCUGGGCUCUCACAGGGCCUCUGUCCUUCCCCAGGUUUGAUGUCUCUGCUGUUUACCCCGACCUGAAGAAGUUCAGUACCUUCACGGAGUACUCCAGGUUUUCCAUGGACAACUCCCACAUAGGACCUGGGACCUAUGGCACCAAGGAGACCUGCUUCAGCAAGAGAAAGCUGAACAAAGAGGUGGGCACAGGCUGGGCCAAGGCCCAGGAAGCCACCCGGCUGACCCAGAUGCCCCACUUCCAGUACCAGACCAUCAUGAGAGAGAAGCGGCUGCAGAAGGAAAAGCUGGGGCCCGGCUCCUACAACUUCAAAGACUUCUUAGAGGAGCUGCAGCAGAAGCCAUGCAGCACCCGGGGGCUGCUCAGCUCUGGGGAGGUUCGCUUCCGAGGACUCAUCGGGAACUACUAUCCAGGCCCUGGAAAUUAUGGGGAGAAGGGCAACCCAUACAUAAAGCUGGAGGAGAAGGCCUGGAACCGGUCUCAUUCCGAGGGCCUCAUGUGCAGGAUGGCCAACAAGCCCCGCCCCUCGGCUCAUCAGGGCAGUGGUCUGGCACCAUGCACCUACUCCUUCAAAAGUGGCAUAGAGGCGUACCUGGAACAAUCCACGGGCACCCGCGGCCCCUAUGACAUUUUCUCUGGUGAUCGAACCAAGCCCCAACCUUACGGACAUUACUCUGUGCAGAAAAAAAAGCCCAGUGAACUGAUGAGUUUCAAGAGCUUCGUGGAUGAACUUAACUCUCACCACAAUAAGAAGCGCGGGGUGUUUUCGAAACUUUCCCGCAACCCAUCAACCCCUUCAGAAAGGAUUUACUGGACCACUCUCAGCCAGUGCCCCCGAAAACUAGCCUCGUCUGGUCCCGGUAUGUGGCUUCCUCCAGAGAAGGAAUGCAGACGCUUCAACCAGCCCCCGUUCCUGCUGUCCUCCAAGCGGGCAGGCUUGAGGGCCUACCAGAUGCUUCUGGGAAGCUGGAACCCUGUGGGGGUGGGCUACUACCUCAACACCUGGCUGAUGGAGACAAAGGACCAUCGGCAGCGAUAUCGGUCCCUGUACCUGGACAGAUCCAAGCGCUACCCCUCAGACCCAGCCUGGGACAAGUUCAUGCAGGAAAGGCGUACACCUUUUACUAAGGGGAAGUGCCAUCCAACAGUGGAUUACAAUUCGGAUCCUACUCCUUAAAGCUGAAUAUGAAGGACAGCCUGCGGUGACCAGAGGGCCCGAAGGACUGAGGACAAACCUGGGGAUGGGAGGGUGGAAGUGGGAAUGGAGGGGUCUUGGAGAAAAGCCACUUGGGAAUGCCUGGGAGAGGGGAGAGAUGGUGAUGUAGUGGGAUUACUUUUACUGGAGACAUCUAUCUGGAGGUCACAAUCUGCUGGAACAUCGGGAGCCAGAUAUCUUUUGAUAUGAGAUCAGUUAUCCUGAGAAUUCAAAUCGGCCAGUGACAUGAACAUAGGAGCCAGACAGCAGAUGGACCAAAGGGGUGAAAUACAGUGGACACUUUUGGGAGCCUUGACUCCUUGCUCAUUAAAAUCCAUCAACAGGUGAAUGAAUGAAUAAAUAAUUGGGGUUUAUCCACACAUAUGUCAAGACUAAGCAAACUGUACACUUAAAAUAUGUGCAGGUUACUAUAUGUUAAUUAUACCUUGAUAAAUUGUUACAGUUUGGAAGAAAUUAAAGAGAAAUAACUAAAUGCAAUAUAGGAUCCUAGAAAGGAUUCUGGAAAGGAACAUUAGUGUUAAAAUUGGUGAAAUUCAAAUAAGGAUUUGUUAAUGAUAUGGUUUAGUUAAUGAUAUUAUGCCAAUGGUAAUGUCUUGGUUUGGUAAUUUUACUAUGGUUCUAUAGAAGAUGUUAACAUUAGAGGGAGUUGGGUGAGAGACUAGGGAAAUCUGUACUCAUUACAACUUUUCUGUAAGCCUAAAAUUAAUUCAAAAUAAAGUUUAAAAAUAUAUGCAAUAAAAUUUUUUA